GUCCCAAGUCUACCCGUCCGUCUGUUAACUUAGUUCGGGCGACUUUAGUCUAAAGUACCAACUUAUACCGCGACGCUGCAUCCGCACGUCUUUGCGUCUUCGUUAGGUGGCUCUAAUGAUCACCACUUACUAGGCAUCUCAUCAAAGCUUGCCCACUUAGCCCCUCGAUAAUUGUUUUUACCUUCUUCCCCCCCUUCAUAGAUAUCCAAUUCAAACUUCGCGAGCAUGGCGGCAGAUCAGUCUCGACCUGUGUCGCAGAAAAUCCCAGCCGGGCUGGCUACAGUAUUGAAUGCCCCCGAGGAUAAUCGCGACUCAGCCUAUUAUUCAAGCACAGAUGCGUCUAGCAAGCAUACUUCUGCAGCCUCGGGCAUAGGUAUCAAUGUCUAUCACUCCGUCCAUGACAAGACUCCUUCUCCGACCACCACGAACCUAGUCCCCCAGCCAAUAAUAACUCCCGCGAGUAACAUGAGCGUGGCGUCGAUGGUGUCGCCGACGACACCAGGUAGUGGGCGUUUCGAUCGGCCGCAGUCUUUCGAUUCUAUACCCGGCGGCAUGUCUUUAGGUGCAGCAAGUGUCGGGCCAGAUUCACGACGGGAGAGUGUUGAUAGCAGGAUUAACCAGGGGUUCGGCGAUUUGAGAUUGAGUGGUUCUCCUUACGCGAGUCAGAAUCACUCUACGACUUCGUUUCAUGGAAGUUUGGUGCAACAACGCAACUCCCGCGCGGGAAUGGAGCAUCUCGCGGUACACAGGAUAUCUAAUGGAUACCAGCCGAAUGUCGAACGCACACCUAACGAUCAACAUCCGAAAGCAACUAAAACCGCACCGGCUAUCACUGGUCCUGCCACAAGCACGAUUGCUAGGGCAGCGGAACCAACUAAAGGUCAAGCUUGGGCUUUUCCAGAGGAGGAAAUUCAGCGCAUGCCAUCCACGGUUGGUAACCACACGUUUUUUGAUUCCAGGAGAAGCAGUAUCUCGGAAUCGAUUGCAAGUAGCCAAUUUACGACCGAGUCUCGGUUACCCCCUGGGCAGCGCCGUCUGGACGAUGGUAUAGCCCCGGAUUUCCAAACUAUCCACCACCACACGCUUCAGCACAAGCAACUCUCGGAUCUUCAUAGCGAAGAGUCUAGCCCGCAUAGUGGCAAUCAACCGUAUAGUCGGACACCUGAGCUUCGGCAAAGUCAUAAGCUGGCGGAACGGAAGCGGAGAACAGAGAUGAAGGAGUUGUUUGAUCAGCUUCGCGAUUUGAUGCCACAGGAACGAGGAUCAAAAGCAUCCAAGUGGGAAAUUCUAACGAAAGCUAUUGCCGAGCAUCAGAAACAGGGCGAGGCUCUCAAGAGUAUUACAAAUCAUUGCCAAACCGCCAUGCAAGAAGCGGAGAUGUUACGUCGUGAGAUCGAUAGGUUGCGCAUGGAGAACGCGCAGCUUCGAGGAAGUAUUCCGAUACCACCAGGCCAAGGCCCCCCAAAUACUGCAAUGCCGUCGCAACCGUCUGCAGAUCCCUACGGUCAAGAUCUGUACGGCAGAGCCCCCCGCCCGGAGCUCCCGCCCUUACGAGCCUUGAGUAACAACAUUCCCAGCAAUCCGGACUCUAUGACAGGUGUCCAAUAUGAUUCUCAAAGGCCACCUAAUGGAUAUCGUCAGGAUCCUCACCAAGAUCAUCGACAAGGUCGGUACCAAUAGCCGUAACUACUAUCAUUCAUAUUUUCUUUUGUUGUUGUAAACAUAUCAUAUUGGGGAGCGGCAGCUAUCAAAACUAGACUUGCAGCGCUUUUUCAUCGAUACCCCGUAUAAGCAAACGGCUAUUCCCCGUCGAUGAGCACCUCGAAACUUAAGGUGCGGAUGAACUUGAUGCA